AUGAAGUAUCUUCCUAUUCCCGAUCUCGAAGACGUCGCGAAUUCACUUAACUUCGAUACGGACGAUUGUCACAUUGUGGGUGGAUGCGACCUGUAUACGACAAAGGCUGCUCGCGCCGACCGGAAACUGUACAAGAACAUUGAACAAUCACUGGAAGCCCAAUAUGAAUCGGUCCUUCGCCUCUCUGCCUCACUUUCACCUCCCAAUGCAUCCGAUGCGGCUGCGUCACUCAAUUUGUCGCGCUCGAGUCCUUUUGGUCCCCUGAGCGAUCACUCCAGUCGCCGGACUUUCGCCUACUUGAUCGCAACGCUCAAUGCAAGCCAUCCCGACUAUGACUUUUCGCACGUUUUGCGCCCUUCGGAUUUUCGUCGCGAGAGAAGCCUGAAGAGGGUUAUGAACACCGUGGACUCAACUCUGUUUAACCUGAGACCUCGCGAGUCGAUUGACAUGUCUCCUCCGUCUCCGGCGACGAUAUCUGGAUCAUACAACAGCGCAGCAUCUCAUAUUUGGGGCCCGAGAAUGUGGAGAACAAUUGAUGAACAUAUGUCAUUGAAGGAGUGCUCAUACUAUUCGUACUCGCCCGACGAAGACCCGUCGGAUGCGGAUGACGGUGCGAUCUGGAGCCUGCACUACUUCUUCUUCAACCGCCUUCGGAAACGUGUCUGCUACCUCUACAUUCGAGCGAUCCCCAUUCUCAGUCACACACCCGAAGAGGGUGAUGGACUUCCCACCACACCCACCGGCAAGCGAACGUUUGAUGAUGUCGAUGUAUCCCGGUACAUGACGCCUGAUCUGAUGGGUUCAAGCAAGCGAGCUCGUUACUGGCUCGGAAAUCGCGCGAAACUCGAGAUCGAAAGUGAGGAGGAAGGUUCAUCCCCGCCAACACGCCCUGUUGUUGAUGAAUACGACAAUUACGUGCUUAGCGACGAGGAGUUUCGAUCGAGAUCAGGUAGUAAGGGAACAGUUCGCGCCAUGAGUGAGGAGAUUGCCGACCAAAUGGAAGUCUAG